AUGAUUUCUGUGACCUCGGACUCGGGAAGGAGUUGGGUGGUCUCAGACACUCGUGAAAAGUGGCUCCGGGCAGUGCGGCUCCGGGCACCGUCUCCGCGCUGGAGACCCGCUCGCAACCCCCGCGUGGAGUGUGCGACUCCUGCUUUGCGUGAGGGCGGAAGUGCUGCGCUUAAGGACGCCCUGGUAAGGGCGGAAGUUCGCGCCGCGGGGGAAGUGGCCACAGUAAGGGCGGAAGGCACUGUACGGGGCCCUCCGAGAGGCUGUCCACGUUGUGCUGUGGCCCCGCCGGUGACCGCGAUGGAACUCAGCAGCGAUUACCUCCGUGAGAAGCUGCAGCGGGGCCUGGAGGCGGAGCAUGUGGAGGUGGAGGACACGACCCUCAACCGUUGCGCGACCAGCUUCCGAGUCCUGGUGGUGUCGGCCAAGUUCGAGGGAAAGCCACUUCUUCAAAGACACCGGCUGGUGAAUGAGUGCUUAGCAGAAGAGCUCCCGCACAUCCAUGCCUUUGAGCAGAAAACCCUGACACCAGAGCAGUGGACCCGAGAGCGGCGGAAAUGAGGGAUGCAGGCCUGCGCAGUCAUUAAAUUAUAAAUCAGAGCCA